CCACACCCACAACUCCCACGUGCGCAUCAGAAAACCGGUUUAACUUUCGAUCAGCGAAACCCAGAUUGGACUAGAAAUAAUCGGUUUCGAAAACAGAAAGAGACGGAGGCUUUUCUCUUCUCUUUCGCCGCUCUUUUCAGCAACGAAAGUAAAGUUCACGAUGAUGAAUCGAAUCAUCUCCUUCGUGAUGAUGUUGGGUUUUCUGCUCUCUCUUUCAGCGACGGGGUGCCUGGUGGACUUGAACGGCGCGUGCCCAAGAGACCUAAAGCUGGUGGCUGGUGGGAAAAGGAACGGCGUGGCUUGCCGGAGCGCGUGCGAGGCGUUCGGGGACCCGCGCGAGAAGCUGUUAGGGUCGAGGAAAGAUGGGGCGACACUACCUCUAGCACAUUACAUAGCAAAUUUCAUAUAUAUAGCACAUGUCUUUUACGGUCGGAACAUAUAGAAAUCCAUCCUGCGUUUUCACCGCCCAGACCAAAGAGGAGCGAGAGUAAGAAAAACUGUAAUGGAUCUUUCCUCUCGUCGCGGGUCUUGUACUCUCACACUGACCUUCAUAGUAGAACCACUUCUUGCUACUUUAAACUCGGUUCAAAGCUUCAUAUUUUCUCCUUUCUGAUUUGGUUCUUAUCCUUUGCUCUAAGGUUCGUACGGCUCAACAUUCACAUUCGCAAAUCGUGCCCUGCUGAGCUGCGUUUCGGCGACGGAGACGCUUGUAAAAGCGCGUGUGAAGCGUUUCGGAGUCCUGAGUACUGUUGCAGCGGCGCGUACGCUACACCUUCGACUUGUCGACCUUCCGUUUACUCGCAGAUGUUCAAAGCCGCCUGUCCUCGGUCCUACAGCUACGCCUACGACGAUGCUACGAGCACUUUCACUUGCGCCGGUGGAGACUAUACGGUGACGUUUUGCCCUUCUUCCCCAAGUCAGAAAUCGACAAGCUACCCCACACCGGUAUCAGACUCGUCGGCGACCUCGCAAGGUUCAGAUCCAGUGCCCGGUUCGGAUGCGGGUUACUCGGGCCAGGGUGAACAACAGGGUCAGAGUCAGGGUGAUGGGUACGGGUCUCAGGGUACUGGGUCGGGUAAUGAUUCGGGAGAGACGAUGUUGCAAGAUGGAUCAUGGAUGGCUGGUUUGGCCAUGGGAGACUCGAGCCGACUAGCCGGCACUUCACUAGCAACAUUACUCGCCGCAUUCACCUUUGGAUUUAUGUCGAUU